GGACCCAAAAUUGACCAUCAAAUGGUGAGGGUGGGCUCAAGACUGUGUCAAAUGGGACAAAAGGAUCUGAGGCGGAUGCUACGGUUUCGUCGUUUUUUGUUGAUAUCGUUUUGGGAAACGCACCCAAGCAACCAUCUUUAUUCCUUUUCUAAGCAAUCCAUCAAGCAAACUAAUUAGAAGAUAAAUGCAUGUAUUGUCCAGAAAACAAACUAAAAACAUAAUUUCUUACUUUGAAUAAAGAAGAAGAGGAAAUGCCAUCAAGCAGGUUUUCAGGUUCACUUUCAGCACCAAGUGUUGAUGUAACAAUAGACACGGGCAAUCAUUUUGUCAAUCACACUUUAGAUGGUUUCUUGAAGAUUGGAACUGUUGCAGCUACUAGGGCAGUUGCAGAGGAUACAUUCAAAGCUAUCAACAGGGGGAAGGUAUCGAAACACUGUUUGGAGCAUUCAAUCAAGAAGAUGUGUAAAGAGGGUGCUUAUUGGGGAACUGUAGCUGGAGUAUAUGUGGGAAUGGAGUAUGGAGUAGAGAGGAUCCGUGGCACAAGAGACUGGAAGAAUGCCAUGAUUGGAGGUGCCCUUACAGGGGCUCUUGUCUCUGCAGCCGGUAACAAUAACAAAGACAGGAUUGUGACGGAUGCCCUCACAGGAGGCGCCAUUGCUACUGCCUCCGUGUUCCUUAACUAUCUUACCUGAAAAGAGCAGACUGAGUUUCUUUAUCUUGUUGCAUAUCGAGUAUUGCCAUGUAGUGUGAUCCCUUUCCUUUGUGAAUUUAUCUGGUUGUAAGAAAAGAAGGAUGCAACAAUAAAAUAACAGGAUGCCGUUUGUUUUUCCACAAUUGUUUUCUUUUCAGCUAAAUAUCUCUGUCUGCAUGCCAUUGAGCUAAAAAUUUUAUCUCCUUCAACUAUAGUUUCUUAUCAAGCUUAACCGAGCAGAAGAAAGUUAUCCAGAAUAUACUUUCAACAUCAGGUUAUUUUCCACAAUCACAUAAUAAUUAGACCAAAUAUACAAAACAUUCUUUCUCUUGAAAAGAAUCAAUUGAAAAGAACAAAUACCAUUAACAAAUCACAAGGAUACAGGCUUACAGGCUGUCUUUGUAACCGCUCACCAAGUUUCAGUAGGCUACAGGUUUCAGCAUCUGGCCUAGCCCCUCCCAGAAUCAUCCUUUUCAAAAGAUUAGGGUCAUAGAUUUUGGCCUUGAAAUAAGCCUUG